CCCUCCGCAGGUGGAUGUGUAGGAGAGGGCUGGCUGUCUCUGCCAUGGGAGUGAGUGCUCAGCCAGCACUGGGCGGGACGGGAAGCGCGGCCACGGAGGAGUGGGCUGCAGCACAGGGCUGGAAGCGGCUGGGGCAGGCGCUUACCUUCCUCCCGGCUCCUCCUGCGGCGGCUGAGGAGCUGCGGUGCGCGGCUGUUCCUGCCUCCCUCCUGCGGGCUCCCACAGCCCGAGAUCUCCCCUGGCUUUGGGUGCUCAAGCAACUGAGGAGCACGUUCUGCCAAAAUGAUGGAAAAUAAAGUAUUCCUGUCAUUCACGUUCUACAGCACAAUUUUGAUUUUGAAAAUGUAUGUCGUUGCCAUCAUUACGGGGCAAGUGAGACUCAGAAAGAAGGCGUUUGCAAACCCAGAGGACGCCCUGCGCAAUGGGGGGCUGCAGUUCUGCCGCGAGGACCCUGACGUGGAGCGCUGCCUCAGGGCCCACCGCAAUGACAUGGAGAACAUCUUUCCCUUCCUCUUCCUCGGAGCCAUCUACUCCCUGCUGGAUCCCAGCCCCACCGUGGCCAGGAUCCACUUCCUCAUCUUCUGCGUGGGACGGAUCAUCCACACCAUCGCCUACCUGCUGCGCCUGAGGGCGCCCACUCGCUCCCUGGCCUACAGCGUGGCCCAGCUGCCCUGCUUCUCCAUGGCCCUGCAGAUCCUCCUGGCCACCACCCCGUACUGGUAACAGCCAGAGAGACUGACCACCCAAACCCCCUCACCCUGACUCUGCUGGUCCCCCUGCGAGUGGGAGUGUGUGUAUGUGAGUGUGUGUGUGAGAUGUCACCAGGGAGGUCACCUGCACCCUGAGGAUGUUCUGUGCAGCCUUGAUGAAAUUCCACUGCCAUCAGAAUUUGUCAGAGAAGUCACCAGAGAGAAGGGACAUGCAGGAAGGGGAUGUGGAGGCAGGUUUCUCUCUCUCCUGCUGAGCGUGAGGAGUGGAAAGCACAUGGACUAUCCCUCGAGGAAAGGGUUAUUGAAGGAAAGGUUUUUGGAACUCUGAUGGGGAAGGUGUGGCUUUCCCUGCUCAUGAAUAUCCCAUGAAUCAGGCAGGGAAAAUCAUGAAGGUCCCACAAAGUCUCUUAGUCAGCAGAUGUGGUUGUAGCAGAGGUUAUAAAGCAGCCACCUUCUCCUGCCCAGCCAUGUGCAUCUGUGAGAAUAUGGGUCCCUUAGGACUUAGUCCCUUAGGUUCCCUCUCCUCCAAGGAGGACAGGAGGCAGGUACCUUCCAGGCAGCAUAACAGGGAGGUCAAAAUCUCAGGGGUGAUGUUGCAAAGCCAUUGAGGAGUUCAGUGCUCCCAGUGCCACCUCGUCUCACACCACAGGACACAGCUCCCUGCCAGGAGCCUCACUGCAGGCAGGACCCUGCUAGAUCCUGGCAGCUCCCAGCCAGCAGCAGCUGUGGCUUUUCCAUCUCAGCCUCACCACAGCAAGAUGCAGAGCAACAUGCCUGGAGAAGCCAGCAGGAAUCCUCUACCCUGGACACAGAGCCUGGAUACAUUUGCUGGACACAGUUCUGGGACUUCUGGAAAAUCUAAAAUGCUGGCACAAAACAGGGGGUUUGCAGACACAGUUUUCUCCCAAAGGGCAGUCUAGUCCACAUGCCACUAAUACCUGAAAAUGCCCCCAGGGCAUCAGACUAAGUUUCUCCCCCUCUGUAGCCUUUCUCUGGCUGCUGUUGUUAUUUGGGAAAUGUGCUGUGAUCGCCUUGGGGGUGUUUUCUUUCAGAUGUUUCUGCUGUCCACUGCUGCCAUGCCAUUCACAGCCUGGACCAGCUGGUGUUUGCAGAAAGCUCUGGAAAUGAGCAGAGGGGCUUUGAAGGGACUAUUGCUGUUCUGCAGUGUCUCCCAAAAGUGUAUUUUUGGAGAGGAGAGGCCAGGACCAGGGUAUUGCAUGGUGACAAAGGAGCUGCUCUGCCACACAGUGUCCCCAGGUGCCAGGGGCUGCUCCCAGCAGCAUCCCUCUGGAGGAGAAGGCAGGAGGAAACCUCUGCUUUUCAGUGCCUCCUCCCUCCUCUGAGGGCAACACAGAAUUUGAGUAACAUCACAGGGGCAACCCAGAAUGAGUAGAAAAUAAAUUCCCUUUCCACCUGUCCUGUGCACUGAGGCUGUUCCCUUGACUCUGUUCUCCUCAGAGAUGCUCUUGCUGAGACCUCACUGGGGACACACCUGCUCAGGCUGAUGUUCAGCUUUUGCUCAGCUCUGGUAGAAGUUUCUGUACCAGCAACUCUAUCCCAGUGCAGUUAUGGCCUUAGGCUGAGCUGUGUGAUGAAGUUUGGAGUGGAAUUCUUUGCUCUCCCACUUCAAGGAAGGUGGGCAGGAUUGCAGGUUCAGCAGUUCACUCUUGGCCACUUCUUCCCACAGAUGCCUGGGUAACACAGACCCCUCUUCACAAGUCUUUUCUGCCUCACAUGGUGCACAGGUCUUGAACUCCUGUAUGUUUCUCUGCUGCUGCACAUGCAUCCUGGUGGCAGGAAGCAAAUAUUCCCAAUAAAAACAAAUCAUUGUA